UUGUUUAUGUUUUUUGUGAUAAUUCGCCGCGUGCUCAUUUUUGCGCUAGUAUUUCCAAAUUUUAUAAUAAAUAAAUAAAAAAGCAUUUUGUAUUUUGCAAAUUUAAAAUGGCAAAUGCUGAAACCAGUGAAGAUGCUCACACUGCCACUAUCAAGGAGUUAAUAACAUUUAUGCAUCCCACACAAAGGCUGGAUUUGAAAGCGGUAGCAUUGACACAUGUGCUCUCUUUGACUGGUUCUGAAGAGGGCAAGAAAGCCAUCUUGACACUGGAUGAUGUGCUAGUAGCGCUUUUCAAUCUCACAAACGAUGACAAUCAUACCGUGGCCAAGGAUGCCAUAUUGAGCCUUAUCAAUCUGUCUGCGGAAGGAGAGGGCGCUAUACGAGUGUAUGAAACUGCAAAGUCGCUUAUUCCAGUACGAAGAUACUUCUAUAUUUUUGCUUGA